AACACUUUCGGGAAGAAUAAAGUUUUUCCUCCCGCGGCUCCGCGUUCAGAGCCAAACCUGUGGCCUAGCAGGAGUAACGGCCGGAUGAUGUGGAGGAAGAAACGCCCGCUGUGGGGCCGUGUGCCCGGCCUGCUGCUGCUCCUGCUGACGCUCAUCGACGCUCGGCUACCUCCAGUCCUGACCCAGAGCAAAGCCUCCCAGUUCCUGAGCAGGCACAGGAGAGCCAACUCUCUGUUUGAGGAGCACAAGAAGGGCAACCUGGAGAGAGAAUGCAUAGAGGAGCUGUGCAACAAGGAGGAGGCCAGGGAGAUCUUUGAAAACCAGCCAGAAACAGAAUUCUUCUAUCCCAGAUAUGUCGUGUGUCUGGGUUUGCAUCGUGUUGGCAUCAACAACCAGGAUUCCAACGCUGGCAUCCCAUCAGACCUUCGUACCUGUGUGAAAGAGAUCAGUAACCAGUGCACACCAUAUCCAUGCCACGUGGAGGGUUCAGAGACCUGCACAGAUGGCCAGGGGUCAUUCAUAUGUGUAUGCAGGCCCGGUUGGAAGGGGUUACUCUGCGAGGAUGACAUUGAUGAAUGUUCAGAUCCAGACUUUCCUGCAGGAUGUAACCAAAAGUGUUACAAUGUCCCUGGUAGUUACUACUGUAUGUGUGAAGAAGGCUACUUCAUCAACAACAUUGACAUCAACUGCAUUGAUAUCAAUGAAUGCCUUCUGUAUCCAAGUAUUUGUGGAGUUCCAGCUAAAUGUGUCAACACACCAGGAACCUUUGAGUGCCACUGCCCACCAGGAUUUAAAUAUAACUUCACUUCUAGAACCUGCAAUGAUGUCAACGAGUGUGAGUUCAGUGUGUGUGACGACAUAUGUAUUAACACAAUGGGCAGCUAUGUGUGCCAAUGCGAUGGUCGCCAGGGCUUUCAUUUGGCACAGGACAACCGCUACUGUAAAAGAAUCCCCGUUUGCUUGGACCUAUAUGACUAUAAACACCCAGAGAUGCUUUACUUGGGAGAACAGUUUACUGGACUUCCUGUUAUUUAUCUGCUCUUCCGUCUGGCAGAGAACACCAAGUUUGCUGCAGAGUUUGACUUUCGCACAUUUGACCCAGAAGGAGUUAUUCUGUAUGCAGAGUCCUCCCAGGACUCUUGGUUCGUGUUGGGACUCCGAAAUGGAUCCAUUGAAGUCCAGUUUAAAAACCAGCACACAUUCAAAGUCACCAGCGGAGGAAAAGCCAUCAAUGAUGGACAGUGGCAUGUGAUCUCUGUUGAUGAAUUGGAGAACAGCAUCAGUGUCAAGAUCAGCAAGGAGGCUGUAAUGAGCAUAAACAGCCCCGAGAGUCUCUUUACGCCAGUUAAUGGCAAACUAGAGACUAAGGUCUACAUUGCUGGUCUGCCCAAUCGCACCAACAGUAUCAUCAAACCUAUUAACCCUCGACUGGAUGGCUGCAUCCGAGGAUGGAAUUUGAUGAACCAGGGUGCGUCCGGGGUGAAGGAGGUUAUCCAGGAGAGUCAGAGUAAACAUUGCUUUGUGAAUGUUGAACAGGGCUCAUACUUCUCUGGGGCCGGACUGGCACACUUCAACAUAGACUACAGUGAUUCUGAGGGCUGGAAGGUGGACCUAAAGAUGACUAUACGUCCCUCCAGCAGCACAGGGGUUCUCUUGGCUCUUGUGCACAACAACACAGUUCCUCUUUCGGUCUCUGUGAUAAUGACAGGAGAACAUGAUGCUAACUUACAAGUGUUCUUGGAUGGCAUCUCCGUCGCAACACUGGAGUCCUUGAUGUUGUGUUACCCCGAACGGCUCAUGGUGCAGCUGAUGGUGACUUCUUCAAAUGUGAACAUCUCAGCCCAUUCUGCUACUGUUACGUACAUACAGACUGAUGCAAUGCGGGAGGCACUGGAUCGCCUCAACAUCACCAUGCAGAAGCCCAUCAGCACCUAUAUUGGUGGGAUACCAGAUGAGGUUCCAUUACUUGUCACCCCUGUGACAGCAUAUUACCACGGCUGCAUGGAUGUCACAAUCAAUGGUCAUCAGCUAAACUUUGAUGAUGCGCUCAACAAACACAACAGUAUUAAGUCUCAUUCCUGUCCGCCUGUCUCCGCCCCCGAUACGCACGACCAGCAGCGGAAGUGACCAGAACAGGAGGCAGCAUUUACAAGUGGCCUCUUCUUGGAGAUUUAAAAACAGUGAUGUGAAUGAAAGGAGAUGAGAAACUAUGACAAGAAGAUGGUGGUAGAUGGCAGCCAUUUUUGUUGACUUUUUCUGGUGACUUUUUUUAAAACUUCAUUUGAGAGUUUGCUUCUUUUUUCCAUAUUGCCUCACUGCUUCCAUCAUGGAAGUGUAGUUUUAUUCUUUUUUUUUUGAUGAAUAACUAAAAUAGACCUUUGUUGCUGCACUUUGUUACAAUGAAACAAAGCAUUUGGUUUUCAAGAACAGGUGCAGUGUUCUGCGGCACACAUUAUUAUGUGUUAAGAAAUUGCAUUAUUUGUAUAGAAAAACAAAUGACAGACCCUUGUCCUAUUUUAUUUUAUUUUAUUUUUAUUUUUUGUCCACUUGAGUCAUGGGUAAUCUUUAACGCUUUCAUUCCAGCCUUGUGAGACACGUGAUUAGAAAUAAGUUGAAGUAGUUGUUAAAAUUAGAGCAAAGAAAGUAAUGCUACAUGUUUGGGUUUUUUAUUUUUCUUUUUUGAUUGUUUUUGUUUAUAGGAUUGGGAUGACUUGUCAAAAUGGCCCAGUACAACUAGCUCAUACACCUAAUGUAUGUAGACAUUGGUCAUGGGUACAUAUGGAUUAAACCAGGUCUCUUUCCCUGCCACAAGUGAUGACUUUUGUUUAGAGGUUUUUGCAGGAUUAAUUGGAAACAUUUCACUGUAAGUCAAAAUUGGUGGCCAAAUUUUAAUUUUCUGUUAAGUUUUGUGCAAAAAGUAGCAACUUCGUGACCUUGUGAAUUUGACAUUUGAC